AUGGAUGUAGUGGUGGUUGAACCUGUUAGUUUUAGACCGGAGAGGUAUCUCUUCACGAGAGUCGCGAGACAUGGAUUUGCAAUGGUAACACAUGGGAGCGUUUCUAUAAGCAUGAAGGGAAGUGGAGCUGUAAUGAUGCAGAAAGGAGGCAAUGACUCAAAGAAAUCGAGUACUCCAUGGGUUCCAGAUCCAGUUACACAACUUACUACAAGCCAGAGGGACAAACCUCCGUGA